AUGUCUGCACUUACUAGUAGCGCCCGCGCGCCGCGCGAGGCUAAGAGAAAAGCGUUGGAAAACGCUGUCUGGAAUGUGGACAAAGCGAAAGGUGGACCAAAAAACCUGACCGUUCCUCAAGUGCCAGUGGAUCUUGCUAUGCAGAAGAAGAAGCCUGCAGCGCCAACCAGUCAGGCGAAAAAGAAGACCACCACUGUGGCACCACGCGUGAAGCCAUCCAGCAAAAAGCGGUCACGUACCCUAGUAAGAGACUCGGAUGAAGAGGAUACCGAGUCCAUUGAUGGAGACCUCACAGCGCAUAAGAAACCCCGAAGUGCCGCCCCAGCCAAAUCUCAUCAAAACGAGGACAACGACAACGAUGCUAUUGAAGAUCGUGGGGUCGACUCCGAUCAUCUGAACGACUUGAAUUCGGAUGGUUCGGACAUUGAUGAAGAAGAAGAUAACGAGACGCCAGAAUCGAUCGCAAGUAUGCUCUUCAAUGAGGUCCCAGAGUCAAAGGCGUUACCUCCAAGUCAGUAUCGUCGACAACAGUAUCAAACAGCAUCACGUGAAAAUUCAAAAUCGACCGCGCGUGAUCACAAACACGCAGCAGAGAUCCCUACAUGGGCCGAUGAUGUGGCGGUCUCAGACUCUGAAUCCAGUGACGAUUCAGACAACUCACUGGCAGGAAGCACUACAAGGACGCCUGGACCUCCUGUGGCCAAAAGUACUAAGGCUCACCUAGUGAUAACCGAGUCGGGGAAUGUGAAGCUCCUUGAUCAGAACCAGGAUACGAAGAGAGUCGUCAAACGGGCGAUUUUGGAAGCAAAAUGCCACCUUGUUUUCGUUGACGGGUUCCCAGAACUGGUCGACAAAAACCAGCUUUCACACGAGUCGCUGCUAACCGUUGCUAGAGAAUUGGGUCUGCAUGAGAUCGAAAAGCGUCUGCGCUUGGACGAGAACUAUACCACGCUGCUGGCUGCCCUGGUAGAUGCUCGCAUCCCAAUCCUGCGCCGCGAACUGAAAGACGAUGCAUUAGCAGGCGUCUCCGGUUACUUUCGUCUGGGGCACAUAGACACCGACAAGGCCAAAAGUCUUCUGGUUCAAAAUGUUCCUAAGCCCAUAUCGAACAAGCCCUAUCAGGGCGAGUUCUUAAUAGCCCUAAUUAACGGCCGUGUUUUUAACGGCACGCAGUCUGUUGGUGUCCGUUUUGCACAACGCUUUAUCGAGAUCACGAAGAACAAAGCCAACCGUCCGGAGGUUCCCAUCCCCAUAGUGGCUCUCGUGGCAACUGCGGUGUAUGCAGCACUGUUGUGGAAGUCAAUGGGUUCACCGGCGAAGUUCAGCUUUUCAGGUAAUCAGUUUAGCGAGACUUACUUUUUUCAUGUUCAGUUCUUGGAAAAUAUGAGGGAUACAGCGCCGAGAAAAUUCCAUCGCAUGAUGGCCGACAUCUACGAGGCUGUACAGCAUUUGAGGUACACUCAUACUGGUAAAACUGCAGAGCAAGCUGCAGCUCUCGAACUCCUCGACAUUGAUGGGAUGGAUGACGACUCGGAGUAG